CCGAAGUUUCGGCCCCUGGCUCCAUUUUUGAAUCCCGUGUAGCUUUUGUGAGGUGUUGUGACAGCUGCUUGCAGUGAGUGCCACCUAUUUUUGUCGGCAGGCCCUUCCGAAGGACCCCUGCAUGCGUCCGAAGCUGGAAAUGGAGCCAGUGACCUUUGAGGAUGUGGCUGUGAACUUCACCUCAGGAGAGUGGACUUUAUUGGAUUCCAGUCAGAAGAAGCUCUACAGAGAUGUGAUGAAGGAAAACUUUCUGAACCUGAUCUCCAUAGAGAAAACUGAAGAAGAAAAUGUUGAAGAGGACUACCAAAAUCUCAGAACUCAGGUGAUUGAGAAAGAUGGUGAAUGUGAACAUGGCAGUCACUGUGAACAAACCCAGGCACAGAUUCCAGAGUAUAUUGAUAAUGAGGACAUGCUUCCUGCAAUACCAGUAUGUGAAAGCAGUUUGUAUGUAAGAAACAUCAUCAAUAAUUCACCCUUGGAUGUGCACCUCAGUGAUCAAACUCAAGAGAAGCCAUUUGAGUGUAAGGAACCUGUGGAGAAGGCUUUUAAACAUGAGAAAUGCUGGGAAGAUGUGGGUCAUUCUGAGUCAUUCCGGGUGCAUGGAAGUUCUAGGGAGAAAUCAUGUGAAAAUCAGCAAUGUAAUGCAGCUCAUGGGAGUCUCCAUUGUGAUCAGCAUCAUGAGAGAACUCACGAUGGAAAUAAGCACGAGAGCACCUUUAUGAAGUGUUCAUACGACCAGAGAGAUGAGACCAUCCACAGUGAAGUAAAGCCAUUUGUGUGUAAGCAGUGUGGAGAAGCCUUUGUUAAUUCCAGUCACCUUAUCAGUCAUGAGCGAAUUCAUAUUGUCGAAAAGUGUUACAUUUGCAAACAGUGUGGAAAAACAUUUAGAUAUUUGUCAUGCUUCCAAAAACACGAAAGAAUUCACAGCGGAGAGAGGCCUUAUGUGUGCGACCAAUGUGGGAAAGGAUUUAUUCAGUUGAAAUACCUCCUCAUGCACCAAAGGAUUCAUGGAGAAAAUUCUUAUGAAUGUAAACAUUGUGAAAAAGUCUUCACUAUCUCCAGUGCCCAUGAUGUUCAUGAAAACAUUCAAGGUGGAGAAAAGCCAUAUUCAUGUACACAUUGUGGAAAAGCUUUCACUAGUCCCAAUGACUAUAAUAGUUGUGAAAGAAUUCACACUGGAGAGAAUCCCUUUGUAUGUAAGAAAUGUGGGAAGGCCUUCAAACGUUUGGGUCACUUUAUGAAUCAUGAGAGAAUCCACACUGGAGAGAAGCCUUAUGCCUGUAAACAUUGUGGAAAAGCCUUCACCAGUUCCAGUGACCGUAACAGUCAUGAAAGAAUUCACACUGGAGAGAAACCCUUUGUAUGUAAAACAUGCGGGAAAGCAUUCAGUCGUUCUGAUUAUCUUAUUAAUCAUAAAAGGAUUCAUACUGGAGAGAAACCUUAUCCGUGUAAGUAUUGUGGAAAAGCCUUUGCCACUUCCAGUGACAGAAACAGUCACGAAAGAAUUCACACUGGUGAGAGAUCCUUUCUGUGUAAAAAAUGUGGGAAAGUGUUCAUUCUUUCUGGUGAUCUAAUCAAACAUGAGAGGAUUCACACUGGAGAGAAGCCUUACGCAUGCAAACAUUGUGGAAAAGCUUUCACUACUUCAAGUGCCCGUAACAGUCAUGAAAGAAUUCACACUGGAGAGAAGCCUUAUACUUGCAAACAUUGCACAAAAACUUUUACCACUUCCAGUACCCGUAACAGUCAUGAAAAGACUCACACUGCGGAGAAGUAUUUUGCAUGUAACCUGUGUGGGAAAACCUUCAACAGUCAGAGUUCCUAUUACACUCAUAAAAAAAUCCACUCUAUGAAAGAGAGACUUUAUGUAUGUAAACACUGUGGGAAAGAAUUCACUUACUGUGGUAAUUUCCUUAAGCAUGAAAGAAUUCACACUAUAGAAACAUUGUCCGUGUGAACAAUAUGUAAAAUGGAUUUCUGGGUCCUACAUCCCAUUAGAAACCUAUAUAAAAUCUCAGAGUGACAGAACUUGUAUAACUAUAAACUGUAUGGCCAGCUUGCCUUUAUUGUGAGGGGUGAAAAAAAAAAAGAGUUUGGAUGGACCACAAGGUAGCUUAGCUAGCCUUGGCUCAUUAGGAUAGCCUGAUCUCAAUUUUAACCCUGAAACUCGCAUGGAGUUUCAAUAGAGAAUCAAUUCCCAAAAGUUGUCUUUUCUGAGUUCCAUGUGCACAACAAUGAAUGUAUUUGUGUAUGUACACAAAUGAAAUAAAUAAAUGUAGUGCUGAAACAAGAAAAAAAAUGAAAACAUUCUGAAGUGGAAACAGACAUGACCAGCAAAAUGUAAUUUUAGCCCUAUUAGGAUACAUACAAAUGUAGGAUGAAAUCCUGUUCCCAUACAUGUUUUAAUGUCUGUCUGUUUUUCUUACAGGUAGGGUAGGGGGCUAGGGAAAUACAGUAUCUAAUGCAGGACAUUUGAAUAGCACUUAGGAUUUUUAAGGUGAAUCUGUUCCAACCAAAUAUAAAUUUUAAAGAAAAAAAAAGCUGUGUGAUUGAAAUAGAACAUUUUCAUGUAGCUAAAUCAUAUAAGGAGAAUUUAAGUUUGUGUAUUUUAGAAAUAGCCCGAGGGACUGGAGAGAGGGCUCAGCAGUUAAGAGCACUGACUGCUCUUCCGAAGGUCCUGAGUUCAAAUCCCAGCAACCACAUGGUGGCUGACAACCAUCUGUAAUGAGAUCUGAUCCCUCUUCUGGGUGUCUGAAGACAGCUACAGUGUACUUACAUAUAAUAAAUAAAUCUUUAAUUAAAAAAAAAAAGAACCCGAAAGAAGAACAAUAAGAUGUUAGCAUUUUGAUCUUUGGUCUAUUCCCACACAAGACUUUGAUUUUUGCUUUUUUGUUUGUAAUCUUGGAGUCAAGAUAUAUAUAUAUGCUUAAUAACAUUGGCAUAAUUUUCUGGUCUGCCAUUCCUGUCACUUGAAAGACAUGUUACCAAGAAAUUGUGACAAAUGAUAGCAAGCAUUUAAAGACAUGGAUUGCAGCCUGGAGAGAUGGCUAACAAAAGUGAUUAACAGUGUUCGCUACUCUUCUAGGGGGGCUUAGUUUGAUUCCCCAUAUAUGUGUUAGGUGGCUUUCAGCUAUCUGUAGCUUCAAUUCCAAGGGGCCUGAACACUGUCUGGUCCUCCCCAGGUACCUGUUCAAUCGUGUUCAUACACAACUAAAAAAUCUGAAAAGAAAAAGAAAAGAAAUUGGCAAUUCAGAGAGAUGGUUCAGUAGCUAAGAACACAUACUUCUCUUUCUGGCUUGUUUUUGGGUAUGUCUGGUUGAUUUGAAGUAGAAAGUUGUUGUUCUUUAUUGUGAUAUUUUUCUAAGUUCCCUUACAUAGCAAAUUCUGUUUUUAAAAAACCCUAUUAUUUCAUUUGGUAAUUAGCUUUACAUGAAAAAAAUGUUUUUCCUGAGUGAUAUAGAUUUUUUUAAUUUAUUAUAUUUGCGCGCGUGUGUGUUUCUGUAUGAGUAUAUGCACAUAAAUCCAAGUGUCUGGGAUUUGAGGAGGAUGUAGAACCUCCUGGAACUAAAGUCAGACUCAGUUUUGGUGCCCUAAGGUAAGUUAAGGUGCCCUAGGAACCAAACUCCAGCCCUUAUAUUUACAUAAAUUCUUUGGACUUUUUUUUUUUUAAUGUUCCAUUGUACUUAAAUGAUUGUAUUUUUUAAAACAGUUUUAACUGAUCCCCUCUCCCCUUUUUGUAGUUUUGUGUGUUUCUAUAAUAAAUUUUAGUGCUUUAAAUCCCCAAUUCCUUUCAAUACUUGUCAGUAGACCCAUUCCUUAAUUUAUGUGUGUGAACAUGAGAAUUGGCAGGGCAUUUUAGCAUGGCCAUAUAUCAAGAAAAUAAUAUGUGUCUGCUUAUAUGUGGGUGGCCUCUGCAGCCACUGGUUCUUGAUGAGAAUUUGAGAAUCAAGGCUGGAGAGAUGAUUAUGCAUCUUAAAGUACUUACUAAUCUUCCAAAGGCUCCUAGUUAACUUUCCAGUAUCAACAUUUGGUGUUUUACAGUGACCCAUGACUUCCAGGAAUCAAAGACUUUUCUAGACUCUGAAGACAACUGCAAAUACAUAUCACAUCCUAAGACAUAUAAAAUAAGAUGGAGUUCCUGUUUGUGUAGCUAGUCAAAAAUCCAAGAAACUAAAGGCAACUUGUCAUAAACUUUUUAGUUAAUUAAUUUACUUUGUAUCCUGAAUGCAGUUUUCCCUCCUCCCAGUCCUCCCACCCCACCUUCCCCUCCAUUCGCUCUUCCCUUUCUCUUUAUAAAGACGAGAACUCCCAUGUGUAUCAGUCAGCCUUGACAUAUCAAGUUGCAGCAAAAUCCAUUGUGUUUUCUACUGAGGCUAGACAAGGCAGCCCAGUACGGGGAAAGGGUCCCAAAGGUAGGCAACACUCAGACAGUCCCUGCUUCCAACGUUAGAAGCUCCACAUGAAGACCAAGCUGCACACCUGUUACAUACGAGCAGAGGGACUAGGCCAAUCCCAUGCAGGCUCAUAACUUUCACUCCAGUACUUUAUGUGCUUUACCUGGAUUCAUCUCACUGAAUUCACAGCUGGUCCCUUCCCAGCAAGUUGCAUAGCCACCCCCUGUAGCCUGAAGGCCAUAAAGGGAGAAAGCUAGCUCAUCUCUAGCUUGACUUCUUCAUGUCUUGUGAUCAAAAUGGAUAGUGUCUCCAGCUAUAGGAUUUCAGUAUCAAAUUCUGUUUGACAAUCUUGAGCAGUGACAAUGACCCGCAUCCUGAGUGAGACUUCAGGUCCUCCUUGGGCAACAAAUGGUAGGGAGGUAUCUGAAACUUAGCACUCAAUUCUCAUGUAGUUACCUCUGGCUUUAGG